ACAGUGUUUGUGAGACAGAUAUGUGCCCACUUAUAGAAGCCAUGAUCUGUUAUAAUUCUAGCAGACUCCAAAAGCUCAAACAAAGACUACAGAAAAUGGAGGAAGAAGAGGAAACAAAGAAGCCUAAAGUUGUGGAGAAACCUUCACACACAAAAGAGACAUGGCCAUAGUGGCGGUUUCAUCUCACACCAUUGUGCGCACAGCAGCAGCCAGAGCGUCCGAUAGGGUUCUCCCAGAGACCAUCAAACUGUACCCACCAGUCUACAAUGACCUCACUAAAGAGAUCGAUUCAGCAUCGGUUACUCGGAUGGAUCGGAACUUGGUUGGAGAAAAUAUAGAAAUAAGCAAAGUCUUUGACGAGUUAUCCAAAAGUAUUUCGACAAAGUAUUUCAGCUUUGAUGAGGACCCCAGGAUCGAGCCUGCUCUGACAAAUGCCACAUGCUUCUCAAAAAGAGUAAUCGAUGACAAAUUAAUCAACCCAUCACUCAGGAAGCCCAACCCAUACAGCAUAUCUCACAGAGAGAGAAUAAAGAGGUCUGAGAACAGAAAGAGGCCUGUAGAUGCGACUGCACGAGUGCACAGAGCUUGGUUUCAGUGGUGGAGGUGUCAACUAUCACUGGAUGAUUAUCUGAACUACAUUUCCAACCAGGACUCUGAUUAUCUGUCAGUGCUUUUUCACCUGUAUGACAGUGAUGAUGAAGAGGAAGAGAGACACAAGCUGGCUCAGCUGCAGAGAGACAAGAGGAGAAGAAGGCAGCAGGAAAGGAUCAGUUCACUCAGGAGACGGAAACAGGAAUUUAUUCCUGGUUUCUGGAACAUCAACACCAUAAAGAUGGGAGGACUCGGGAGGGAACCAGAACUGGAUGAGACACAUCCAGAAGAGGAAAUACAAGAUGUAUCUGUGGGAGGAGAGGAAGAUGAAGGUCCAGCUGCUGGUCUGCUGGAUGGAGAUGCAGAACAGAUGCAGGUCAGGCUGGAAAGGGUCUGGAACGCCCUGCGUCUGCCAGAAGGUCAGCGACUAGACAUGGCCAUCAAAUACAGCUCCCAUGAGUACAGGGACCAUCUUCAGGAGGCAAUCGCUGCAUGGGAGGUGGCUGCUCGUUUGAUCCUGAAGAGGGAACUCUUGCUCUCCAGGUUGGAGGACUUUGAGAGGGAGGCAUCAGACCCCAACAGAUUUUUCCAGCGAGGUUAUCAGGGUUCAUCUAUCGCUAGAAUGACAGAGGCAAGUCAAAGGGAGAAUCUCAACUCUCAGAUUUCAGUUGUAGACCAAGAACUGUCCAAGACUAUAGGGCACAUCACAACCCGUUUCAAUGACAGCAUCAGCUAUGAGGGCCGGCCGUACAGGGAGAAGAUGCGCUGGGACCGGACUGAGAUGCUGUACUGGCUGCAGCAGGAGAGAAGGGUUCAUUCACUGGAGAUGUUUGUGGAGGGACGGACGGCUCUCCCUAUUAGGCUACCUCCUCUAAACCAAUGCCAGGAGCUUCACUCAGGCAGCCAUCAAACUCUCCACGAACAACCUCCAGCAGACUGUGAAUUUUAAAUAUAUAUAUAUACUCAUGUAAGCCAUAUACUAGCAAAUAAAGCAAGACCUGUUCGUUUUUA